AAGACAGGAAUCUGGUUGUAAAAUGUUUACCAUGGUUUCCUGUUGCUACCGAUUUGGACCUUACAAAUUCUCAAAGCUUUUUUGUGUAUAAAAUACCAUGCAGGAAAUGCAGUGUAUGUGGGCUGAAUACACACAUCCACUCUGCUAUUAGCUCAGAAUAGUUUAUCAGUCUGCACUCUUGUACAGUAUAUUGCAGUGUUUGCAUAGUACACAUGUAGGAGGAUGGAAUGGGGAGUGAUCGGGAGUGAAAGAGAAGGCCAGAGAAGAUUCCUGUUUCAGUCUUUUUUUUUCAUGUGAAUGUCAUGUGACCGUACACAUGUCAGGAAAUCAUCAACGGCCAAGUAAAAGAGGACGAAAAGAGGAGCCAGAUGAAGACAAAUUGCUAAUUGGUUCCCGAUGUGCCUAGACGUGCACUUGGCUGGUUCCAGCAUGCCUCUUAAAGGAGCAAUACAGACUUUUUAACAAGUGAUGGCUAAUACUGUAAACAACAUACUUGUAAAACAUUGUAGAGCUGUAAACAACAGUAAACAGCAACAGACAGAUGAUGUGUCGGCUGGAAGCAGCGCAGAGUUUCCAGACAGGCUCUCACUUAUGGAAGUACGCCUGCAGGCACAGGAAGACGAGAUCACACUGCUCAAGUCUUCAUUGGCCGAUGCGUUGCGUAAGCUCCGCCUCCACGACCAACAGAUCCCACUACUGAAGCAGCAGCUGAUUGCAAUGAACCCUGGUGCAUCUCGGCUGUUGAAUCAGUCGUUUUGCGUUGAUGGCUUCUCCAAGCCCUACAGACACUCCACCAGUUCUCUGGACGGACUGCACCACACAUCCGACAGGUAUCAGUGCAGCCAUGUCUCACACUCAGCUGAAAAUGGAGAGGGCAGUAGAGCUCACUCCAUCCCCAGCCUGAAAACAGGCACUAGUGAAAAGGCCAUACAAACUGAACCCUGGAACCCUGAACCCGAGAGGACACCUUUGGCCCUCACCAGGGCCUCCCAGAGUCUUUCUCUGGAGGACGCACUUCCCGAAGGGGUCUCGCUCAUGGACGAGGCCCUGCACAAAGCUCAGCAGGAGAGUCAGGAGGAAGAAGACAGCGAAGAGAAGGACAAAGGCUGGCACUCUAAAGUAGAAGAAACCAUCCAGCGGACUACGAUCAAAAGCCUCCAACAACAACACAGCAAAAGCAGCGAAGAAAGCCAAGGCUCGGCCCCUCAAACUCCAACUUCUAGUUCUCCAGCGCCGCCUAAAGAGCCUACACACAGUGGACCCCUUUCUCCCAUUCUGGAAGGCGAGAAGAAACUGCUGGAACGGAGGAAUAGCGAGAAAUUGGGUAAGGACACGCAGGACAAAACCAAACAGCGAAUGCCUAAAAAAGCAGCAUCAUCAACCAACCUGCUGACCCGAUCUCCGAGUCUAGAGAGCCGAGCUAAAGACCUCCUCUCCAGCACAGGAUCCCAGGGGUCAAGGAGAGGAACACAGGGUCAGUCAAUCAAAAUGUUCAUCCGUGGGCGGCCGAUCACUAUGUACAUUCCUUCAAACAUCCAGAACUAUGAAGAACUUAAGAUGGACCCUCCUUCUGAGAAGCUGGAAUUGGAUUGGGUCUAUGGAUAUCGAGGACGCGACUGUAGGGGGAACUUGUACAUGCUUCCAUCAGGGGAGGCAGUGUAUUUUAUAGCCUGUGUAGUAGUUCUUUACCACGUCACCGGACGAACGCAGCGCUAUUACCGUAAACACACAGACUGUGUACGAUGUCUAGCAGUUCAUCCAAACAAAGUGCUCAUAGCGUCCGGACAGACGGCAGGUGUGGAUAAAGAUGGCAAGCCCUUACAGCCGUUUGUACACAUCUGGGACUCCACUACACUGACGACGCUGCAGCAGAUUGGUCUGGGCACAUUUGAGCGAGGCGUCGGAUCUGUGGCCUUCUCGAGUGCAGAUGCUGGGACAUUUCUGUGUGUGAUUGAUGAUUCCAAUGAGCACAUGCUGUCUGUCUGGGACUGGAACAAAAACACCAAAACUGUUGAAGUAAAGAGCACUAAUGAGGCAGUGUUUGCGGUGGAGUUCAACCCUGCAGACACCAAUAUCAUCAUCACUUGUGGGAAGUCUCAUGUUUACUUCUGGACCAUGAGUGCUGGCACAUUGACCAAAAAGCAGGGCAUCUUUGGCAAAUAUAAGAAGCCCAAGUUCAUCAUGUGUUUCGUGUUCAGUUUAACGGGAGAUGUAUUAACGGGCGACUCCGAAGGGAAUAUCCUCACAUGGGGCAAAUCAGCAGCUGACAUCAAGACACUGGGCAAAGGUGCAAAAGAGACAUUUCAGAUUAUGAAGCAGACACGAGCGCAUGAGGGCAGCGUCUUUACCCUGUGUCUCCUGCAGGGCGGCGCUUUGCUCAGCGGCGGCGGGAAAGACCGCAGGAUCAUCCGCUGGAGUGCAGACUUAGCACCCGAGAGGGAGUGUGAGAUUCCAGAGAAGUUUGGAGCGGUCCGUACCAUUGCAGAUGUGGAUGGAGAGGAAUUGCUUGUUGGAACGACCCGGAACGCGAUUCUCCGAGGCACAUUUUCAGAUGGGUUUGUGGCCAUAGUGCAGGGUCACGUAGAUGAGAUGUGGGGUCUAGCCACACACCCAUCUCAAAACAUCUUUCUCACUUGCGGCAAUGACAAACAAAUGUGUGUGUGGAAUGCUGAAGAGCACAGCCUGAAGUGGUGCACCACUUUAGAGGAAUCAGGUCUGUGUGCUGAUUUCUGUCCCAGCGGAUCUGUUGUUUCUGUCGGACUGAGCACUGGAAGGUGGCUGGUGCUAGACCUGCAGACCCUAGAAGUGGUGUCUGAUUUGACUGAUGGAAACGAGCAGCUCUCUGUCAUGAGAUAUUCACCAGAUGGCAGCUUUUUGGCUGUUGGUUCCCAUGACAACUUCAUUUAUAUUUACAGCGUGACAGAGGGGGGUCGGCGCUACACACGCUUUGGAAAGUGCACGGGUCAUUCCAGUUUUAUCACACAUCUUGACUGGUCCAAAGAUGGGAAGUACAUCAUGUCUAAUUCAGGAGACUAUGAAAUCCUUUACUGGGACGUGGCUGGAGGCUGUAAAUUGCUGCGAAAUCGCUUCGAGAGUAAGGAUCGUGAGUGGGCUUCCUAUACCUGUGUGUUGGGCUUCCAUGUCAUGGGCGUGUGGCUGGAGGGUUCAGAUGGAACAGACAUCAACGCUCUGUGUCGCUCUAACAGUGAAAGGCUGGUAGCAGUGGCUGAUGAUUUCUGCAAAGUUCACUUGUUCCAGUAUCCAUGCCCUAAACUGAAGGCACCCAGCCACAGGUAUGACGGACAUGGCAGUCACGUGACAAACGUACGCUUUACUCACAGUGACAGUCACCUCCUGUCACUGGGUGGAAAGGACACAUGUAUCCUCCAGUGGCGAGUUAGGAGGGGCGGGGCUGGGGACAGCAAGGACCAUCCAACCUCUUCAGUUCCUCCCUCCAAUUCCACUGGCUGUCCAGAAACAGGGAGCCACAUUGAGAAGGGGAUAGAAUGAACAGAAAGAAACAAAAAAAAGACACAGAAAAGAGAAUAUCAGGUUGCAAAAAAAGUAUAAUUCAGCCUAAGAUUGACUGUGCUGCAAAUUUCAUCAAGUUCAUGACCAACAAGGAGUGAAAUGAUGGAGUUGCAUAAAGUUUUCACCAGGUUUAUAUGUUAUACCAUGCAAAUUCUAUAGAGAGGUGGACCAAGAUGUGUCUUUCUGUAUUCUGAUAUUACAAAGUCAGCAAAAGUUUUUGUUGAUUAAUGUGGCUUUACAUUGCAUCAUCUCAAAAAAAAAGUCACGUGUCCCAUUUAUCAUACUCAUCAUAGUACCUGUUUACAUUACUGAACUUUUUCUCCUGUUAAUUUCAUUUGUAACUGUGUGAUGCGUGACUAUGACUUAUUAAAUGUGUUUGUGUCUUUA